AUGAGUUGCUUAAAUGUUGCCCGUCCUCCUAUCUCCAUAAAUGAUAGACUAAACAAACCAGCAGGGAAACCAACAGAUUAUGAUGGUUUUAAUUUUUUACAAUUCUAUGGAGAGACUAAAGAAAAAACAUUUAGAAGCUCAAUAAGAAACAUUGAUCACAAAAAUAAAAAUUCUAUUUUUGAUUUACCCAUAGCUGAGCAGACAGAUCUUGCCAAAGCUAAUCCUCCAAAUAUGCAAAGAACAUCUCGAAGAAUUAAUCCACAUUCUUCUUAUCAUAUAAAUAAAAUAUUUCAAGGUGAUGACACAAAUACACCCAAUAAAAAAUACGGGAAAAAAAUCCACCCAGACAUCAGAAAUCUUCAUAUAUUUACCAAUGAAAUCAAUUAUGAAAGCGAAAAAAAAAGCUCCAAAAAGAUAAGCCAAUAUAGUUUAAAUAGUAAUCCUUGUAAAUGGGGAGUAGACGUUUUCAGAUAUGAUUUACCUCCUCCUAAAAAAUUAUAUAGGCAUGUGAAUAAUUUAUCUACCUGUCUAGUACCGUAUAAAAGUGAAGAUUCAUAUAUUCAAAAACACAAUAAAACACAUUAUAUUACCCAAUUAGAGAAAUCUUUAUGCCCUAAAGAAAAUGUAUUUAUUCCAAAUUCCAGUAAAAAACUUAUCCCUAUUCAAGGAUCGAAACUUGAGAUGAAUUGUGUUCCAAGAGAUCAUGAAAUAAAAAGAAUGAAACAAAAUUUAUCUUCUAAUCGUGGAAAUUUAAACGCAGAUCUAACUCCCCUUGUGGCUAGCACUGAAAAAUUCUGUCAUAUAAAUAACAAUAACAGAAACAAAAUUUGUUCCGUUUCUUUUAAUUAUGGCAGAACAAUAUCACCAUAUAGGUCAGGAAAAAGAAUAGGAUAUCCAAAUAGCCGAAGUGAAAAUUCGAUAUUUUUAUUUUAA